AUGUUUGAAACCAGCAGCAGUGCAAGAGAUGGGGAGUCACCAGGUGAUGAUGUUGACACUGUGGAUGGCACUGAAUUGUUCACUGAGCUUGUGCUCGAAGAUACAGAUGCAGUUGAUUUAGACUAUAACCAUCAGAGGAUUGGCAGGAUACAAAACUUGGAGCGAGCCACACAUGUUGAGACACUGUGCUUGCGACAGAAUCUGAUAAAGCAGAUUGAAGGACUCAGUUCACUCACACGCCUUAGAGAGCUUGAUCUCUAUGACAACCAGAUCACAAGGAUUGAAAACCUGGAAGCAUUGACGAGCUUAGAGCAUCUAGACCUGUCGUACAAUCGUCUGCGAAAGAUUGAAGGACUCGAGACCCUGGUCAGUUUACGUAAGCUGUUUCUCGUGAAUAAUAAAAUUGAUGCCAUUGAGAAUAUCAGCCAUCUGGUGCACCUGGAGCUUCUAGAGUUGGGAGAUAAUAAAAUCAGGCUCAUAGAAGGACUCAGCAAGCUGGUCAACCUCAAGCAGCUCUUUCUGGGCAAGAACAAAAUCGCCAAGCUCAGGGAGCUGCAGACACUUAGAAAUCUGACUUGCCUGAGCAUACAGAGCAACAGACUGCAGUUAAUUGAGGGACUGGACAAUCUGGUGGAGCUUACUGAAUUGUACAUCAGUCAUAAUGGGCUGCUGCGGAUUGAGGGUCUGCAGAAAUGUAAAAAACUGAAAACCCUAGACCUGGCAGGUAACAGGAUACGCAAGAUUGAGAAUAUCGAUCACCUGGAAAACCUGGAGGAGUUUUGGUUCAAUGAUAAUCUGGUAGAUUCAUGGGAUGAGGUGCAAGCAUUGACCAAGCUGAAGAAACUACAGACCGUCUAUUUAGAAAGAAACCCCAUUUAUUUCAACGAUGAGAAGAAGAUGGAUCCAAACUAUCGCAGGAAAAUUCUGCUGACUUUGCCGUGGGUGAUGCAGAUAGAUGCAACCCUCGCCAGAUAG